AUGGGGAUUGGACUUUAUGCUAUUGUAGCAGGUACUUUGAUUACUGGUGCUGCCAAUUCUUUACUUACAAAAUAUCAGGAUAAUCAAUGUGUUGAAAAUUGUCACGAUCCAAAUCCUGCUAACCACAAGACUUUUAAUCAACCAGGAAUCCAAACCAUGCAAAUGUUUCUUGGUGAAUUAGGAAUGUAUUUGGUGUUUUUGGUAUAUAAAUGGUACAACUCUAGAAAACAAUAUAUUCAACUCAAUACCGAUGAACAACAAGAGCAAGAUCAACGAGUACAUGAGACAUCUAUUUUCCAAAGUUUCAAAUUAGCAAUCCCUGCAAUUUGUGAUUUAAGUUGUACUACAUUAUUAAAUAUUGGUUUGAUUUACACUCCUGUUUCAAUUUAUCAAAUGUCAAGAGGUUCAGUGGUAUUAUUUGUUGCUAUAUUAUCAGUAUUGUUUCUUAAAAGAAAAAUCACCAAACUUGAAUGGGUGGCUUUAUUUUUGGUUACUUUAGGUAUUGGUAUUGUUGGGUUAAGUGGUUCAAGAAAUUCUAAAACUUCUGAUGUAUCCACUGAUGAAGGGGGUGAAUCAGCUGCUUUAGUUAUAUUUGGAAUUUUCUUGAUUGUAUCAGCUACUUUGUUGCAAGGGUUUCAAUUUGUUAUUGAGGAACAUAUUUUGGAGAAAAACCCAAUUAUUCCAUUACAAUUGGUUUAUAUUGAAGGUUUUUACGGAUUGUCUAUAAUGGUUAUUAUUUCCGUGUUGUUGAAUUUUAUCAUUGGAUCUAUUGAAUCUCCUGAAAAUUUCAAAACUUCUCCAUUUAAUCUCCCAUUAGCAUUUAGUCAAGUAUUCAACAAUAGAACUAUAUUGGUCUCAUCAUUAUUAAUUCUGUUAUCAAUUGCUGCAUUCAAUUAUUGUGGGCUUUCAAUUACUCAUAGAAUCUCAGCUACUGCUAGAUCAACAGUUGAUACAUGUAGAACAUUGUUGGUUUGGAUUGUGGCUAUUUCCAUGCAUUGGGAAUCAUUCCAUUUCUUGCAAUUCACAGGGUUUGUGGUGUUGGUAUUUGGUACCUUGUGUUUUAAUGGGGUUUUAAAGCCAGAAGAAUGGAAAUUUAUUCCUGAAUGGUUAAAGAAUGAUACCACUGGUAAUGAAAGAGAUCGUUUAAUCAAUGUCGUUGAUGAAAUCGAUGAACCAAUUGAAAGAAUGUAA